UGUACGUGUAUCUCAGUCUAUGUGCACUAGCUUCAUGCUACUACAUGGGAAUUGCAUGUACGCAUAUCACAUGCACAUGCUAUACUAGCUACACGCUAGCGCUGUACCGUAUAUUUAAACCACGUGGUACUUAACACAAAAUAGAGACGAUUCCUGUUGACCUCACGCUUGUUUUGCCCUUUUCUUCAUCAACCUGGACUGACAUUUCUUAUUUUGCACUUCAAAAUAAAGCAGACAACCUGUGGGCGAUAUGGCCCAAGUAAAUAAUUCUUUUGAAUUCGGGGAUCCACCCGAUGCUGGUCUAGAAUGGCAUCAGCUAAUGCAGAAUGAAGGCUAUGAUCUGAGCAAGUUUGAACUGGUUGCUGUCCCAGAGGAGUUUUCUGAUGCAUCAGGCACAGAUCUGCUCGGCCAUGGAGGUCUCUUGGAAUAUGAUGGAGUCUUGGAUGUAGAGGGCAGUGACAGUGACGAAUCUUGUGUGGACCCAGGUGAAGGAUUCAAUGUCACCAUUGAGCAUGUGGGAGAUGACUUCAGUCAAGGCUCUGGAUUGGUCCAUCUGCUUGAAGUACCUCAAAACCUGAGCAGCGAUACCAAGCAAUACCAUAAAGAUGAUAUUUUAGAUGUUGGAAUUGAAGCAUGUGAUCUGAAAAGCCUCUUGGAGCAGUUUGAAGAGAGUGAGCAGCCACGUGUAAAACCAGUUCCACAACCAGCUUCCUCACCAGCACCAAAGCCAUCAAUGAGGGAUCCAAGGAUCGUUACCAAGAUGAAGGAACUCCCAAGCCCUGCGGAAGUUAUCAAGAAGAUUGCGCCAGUGAAGAGGAAAGGGGCUAUUCUUCUUGACCCUACAACUCUACCAGCAAAGAAAGUCAAACCCAAACAGGUUUCCCAGAAUCAUGAGGUCAGCAAAGCGAUUCAGCUUGCCAGGAGCACCCACGCAGCUUCACCUAUCCCGUUCAACUUGAAACACCUGAUUCCUGCUCCGAAGUACCUCAGUAUGGAGCACGACUACUGCAUGAGUCCUGCUGCCUCAGAGAAGAGCACCGGAUCUGACUUACCUAACCAGAUGACCAAAGAAGAGAGACGAGCGUACUACAAGUAUAAGUACAGAAUCAAGAAGAAAGUCAAUGGCGUGGAUAGUCCGUCAAAGAGUUCAUCUGUGAGUAGUUCACCACGUAGUUUGUCACCAGCAAGUAUGUCACCAAACCCUGGCGUUGUUGAAGUCGGUGAUGGAAAGGUACCAAAGGCCAAUCCGGCGGCGGUUGUUCCGCUGUUUGAUAAGAUACCAGGGUACUUUUCAAAGAAGCUCCUAGUGGGUAUGUACCGUGAAAUAAACAGUGAGGGCCCCUCCAAACAGGUACAUCAAGGAUAUGACCAGAAUAUUUUCGUUAGUAGUGAGAAUGAUGGUGGGAAAAUACCAGACUCGAGCAAGGAGAGGAAGAGUAGAUUGCACAUUCGACGACGCCAUUGUCGUUCUUACCGUGACUCGCGAAGGAAAAACUCAUUGUCAUCCCAGUCCGAUAGUUCUUGUUGCAGCUCGUGUUCGGAACGCUCCCAUAAUCCAGGUGAAAGUGAUCUUGAACAUGACAAGCGAUCUAGGAAUCCGAACCAGCGUGUGCAAAGAAGGAGACGAACUAGAGACAGUGUUUGCUCUGCACGGUCACGGAACUCCCGUUCCCCAUCGUACUCUCGCUCAAGGUCUCCUGCCUAUUCAUCCCACAGUGAUUUUGAUUCUCACAGACAUUCCCGCUCAUUUUCACGAUCCAGGUCACGUUCCUUCUCACGAUCCAGAUCACGUUCCUUCUCACGAUCCAGGUCGAGAUCAUAUUCGAGGUCCCCCUUUUACUCAAGAUCACGUUCAAGGUCUAGAUCGUAUUCUCGCUCCAGAUCAAGACCACGGUCGCGAUCGAGAUCCCCUAGAGACUACAGUAGAAGAUCAAGAUCAUAUUCACGUUCUUUGUCCAGGUCCCCAAUCAGAACUAGUAGAUCAUCAAGUAGGAGAUUUAGUAGGUCACCACAUUCAAGGUCAAGAGGAAGGUCAUCAAGUAGGAGAUCAUUAUCUAGGUCAAGGUCACGUCCUCGUAGUAGACAUAGAGACAAUAACAACAGAUCUCAUUCACAAAUCCGAACGCAUGAUCCCCAUGGUAACAGCAAUGAGGUCAUCUAUUCAGCUCAACAACUUCAAGAAUUUGAGGAAAGGCGUGUUGUGUACGUAGGUAACAUCUCGGAUGACACCUCAAGAUUGGACCUCAUGAAGCAGUUCUCACGGUUUGGGCCUGUUGACAAAAUUCAGCUCUACUUUAGAAAUGAUAUGGAUAACUAUGGAUUUGUGACCUUUCACUACAAGUGUGAUGCUGUUGCUGCCAUUACAGCUGGACAUGACCCUAAUUGGCCCAAGUAUGACCUCUGCUUCGGAGGAAGAAGGAAGUUCUGCACAAAAAAAUAUGAAGACCUUGAUUCAUUGAACAAUGCAUCAGCGGAUCUCGACUAUGGUUACCAUGGAAACAGAGAAAAGGAGGAAGAUGAUGCUUCUGCUAAAGACGAGGGACCAGAAGAGAGUGAAUUUGAUAAACUGCUCAAGGCAGCCAUGAAGAAUAAAAAUAAGAGAAGAUGAUGAUGGAGACAAUAUUUUCUUACUCUUUAUGGAAUAGGAGAAUGCAAAUGUUACAGAUUAAUUCUAGACCAUGUGUUAUGAGUUAUAAUGUGAAAAAAUACUAGGCUUGUGAUGAUGGUAAUAAUUAUAAAGAAAGUUAUUUUCAAUCUAUUCAGAAAGCAGAAUGCAUUUUUUUGCUCUUUGGUAAUUCUCUACAUAAUUUUUUUUUUGCUUUCAAAGAUCUGAAUUAUUAUAAGAUCAAAGAUUAUUUUAAAAAUGAAGGUAAAUGAUG